AUGUCUAUGACAUCCGUCGAUAAUACCGCCUGUACACAAGACCACAGUGGUAGUAGUGAACUACCGGAUAAUCUUGAUAAAGUACCGGAAGAAGCGAAUCCGGCACUUCCCAAAGUAUGGAGCAUAGAAGAUCCAUUUCAAUACGCACCUCCAAAACGAGACGGAGAACCAUGGUCACUUCUUCUUGAACCUUUGCUAAAGAACGAAAAGCUACGUUGUGAUGCAUGGAAAGACGAGGUUCAGAAUUUGCUCAUCUUUGCUGGUCUCUUCUCUGCUGUGGUUACCACUUUCCUUGUGGAAUCCUAUAAAGAUCUUCAGCCCGACCCUAACGAUACUGUGAUCACUUUGCUUGCACACAUCGCAGCUCGGCUUGAUAAUGACACCGUCAUCACUAAAACUUCCCUCUCUUCGAACGACCCCUUUGUACCCGCUGCGUCGACAGUUCGGGUCAACGUUUUCUGGUUCAUCAGCCUUGUCCUUAGCCUGACGACGGUGCUCGUAGGAAUCAUCUCUUUACAAUGGCUAAGGGAAUACCAAUCUUACUCGAAUCUUUCCAACCCGCGCGAGAUGUACGCGAUAUUCCACAUGAGGAAGGAUGGGCUAGACAGAUGGCGAGUGGAUAGGGUGUUUACAGCAAUGCCCCUUCUCCUGCAAUCCGCUUUGGUUCUUUUUCUUGGGGGUCUCAUAGACUUCUUGCACGCUUUCAGCGAACGUUGGUCCGUUGUCAUCCCUGUGGCCGCUGUGAUUGGAAUAUCAUUGCUAUUCCUCGUUGUAACGACAAUACUCCCGGCUCUACAGACAAUGUCGCUUUUUGUCAUCCCGACUUCGUGGCCUGAUCCCCCUAGUCAGUGCCCUUAUAAAUCACCACAAUCGCAUGCUGUACGGCGCAUCUGCGUAUACUUAUACGACAUACACUUCCAUCUAAAGCGUUUAUGGAGGUUAUCCUCUAUUCCAUCAAUGAUCUCACGUCUCUGUCGUAUAUUGUUUGGUUCGGCGGUGAAGCACAGAUUUUCAUUUCCUUCCAAGUUCCGUUCUCAAGUGACUUAUUCCUCAUGGAGUCGUAGUUGGUCGGGAUUUGACGAGAAAUGGGUUCUAAUUCGUGAUAUGUACAUGCGGCACUCUUUGGGAAAUUGGAACAAAGACUUUGGACAUUUCGAUAUAAUCGGCUGGGAACUCGAUGAACAAUUACCACUUUUCGAUAUUGUUGUUGGGCUUAACCGUCAGAAGUGGCAAGGAAAUGUCUCUGAUGUGGUAUAUCAUUGUUUCUCCGACAUUUCGCAACGUGUGCUUUCGCUUUUGACGGACACUAGCCGAUAUUCACCCCGGGAACGCCUUCGUCAGAACGACUACCUAUACAACAUUUUAUCUAGGCGAGGCGGCGUCUCUGUAACAAGGUUCUUUGACACCGAUGCGUGCUUCAGCGAUGUUGAAAAGGGGGAACUGUCGUCCGCAAAAGCCUUAUCUUGUGCACUGCACCAGCAGAACCUGGCAAUCUUUACUGAUUGGAGCAGUGGUGUGCUCCAGCGCCAUCAAAAGGAGCUCGCCUUGCGACUUUUUGGCUAUUUCUAUCAGAAACCACACAAACUACGACUAACAGACACCAAGCUUAAAGCUCCCAAAUGCAUCUCCUUCCAACAUUUUUCAUAUUACCAUCUGAUAGCGGACCGGGAUCAGGACAUGCGUGAUAAAGACACUUUUGAAGCUCUUUCUUGGCAAUUUGCCAACCUCACAUUCGCCAUCUUCAAAGAAGCCUGCAAAGACUUUGACCCUCAUUCUUUGGUUCACAACUCGCUUGCACAGGAGCAUGGGCUUUGGUUUUUCCUGGACGUAGCUGGAUACAUGGCGUCUCGAACACUUUCACCAUCCAUAUCUUUCUCCAUCAACUGUCAAAAUGAACCGUCGGCGGUAGUCCUCGCCAUGAAGGAAAUGAUUCGCAACACAUUUUCUUAUAUUCGGUCUAAAUUAGAAAUGGAAAUGUCUACGUGGAAGGACAACCAGGCGAAGCCCAGCUUGCUUUUCUACGUGACGGUCUGCUAUAUUCUUCAGCUUAUUGACCCCCUGGCCAAAGAGGAAACGUUUGCCUCCCUUCGUGAUACCGUCUUGCAAUAUAAAAAAUGCACUAUAGACAUAGGGAUAAUCGAUGCUGUUCUAGAGAGACGACUGUCCGUAGAUCAAGGAGCUACUAGCGACCGUUUCGGGGCGUAUUAUUCCUGUCCAGGCUUACCAUUUUCAUCCUUGUGGUGGCGCACCUUUGAAGGAAAGCACUCAGAAGAUCUAAUUUAUAAUCCAACGCCCUAUGUUGAAGAAGAUUCGCAGCCAGCAGAUGUUUCCAAAUAG